AUGACUGGCAGCACCUCCUCCUCGUUUUCUUACAAGUCUACUACAAGACACCAAGAUGGCGCCACUGAUUCCACGUUUGAGACAUCUGAGAACUCAACUGAGAACUCAUCUGCUCCUUCCUGGAAAGAAAACGGCGUCACGGAUAGGAUAGUCUGCUUUCUAGAAGGCCUAGGUUCUCCCUCCGGGUGCCGGCACGAGGACUUCCGGUUGCAGAACGGUCAAGAGGCGUUUCGCGGUUUGCACUCCGAUUGGGUGACGAACGAGCUGCUGGCGUGCGCGAGACCGACUGAUGCUAUGAUUGCUGAUGGAUUGGCGGAUAGAUUCGCGGAGCGAGGCAUCAGGCUGAUUGUGAACUUGGAGGAGCCAGGGGAGCAUCCGUGGUGCGGGUCAGGAAUCACAGCAUCGGGAUUCUCCUACACUCCUGACAAAUUCAUCAAGGCUGGAGUGGGUUAUCUCCAUGCACCAUGGAAGGACAUGGCAUGCCCGCCCUUCCCAACCAUGCUCUCCAUCGUUCAGAGCAUCUCCCUCGCCAUUGGCCGCCGCCACAAGGUGGCUGUUCACUGUCAUGCUGGCCUAGGAAGGACUGGACUUGUAAUUGCGUGUUAUUUGGUUGCAGCAAACUCGCUAUCAGCUGCUGAUGCUGUGGCUGUUGUGAGAGCAAUGAGGCCUGGAUCACUGCAAACCAGGAAGCAGGAAGUCUACGUGGCUGAGUUCCAGGCAUUUGUGCGUGGAGAUGGUGCGACUGGGUCGCAAGAACAAGCCCCCUUGUUGGCAGGGCAAUACUCUCCUGAGGGUGCAUGGUUGUACAGGAUCCAGGAUCUGGCUUCUUAUGCUUGCCUCCUGUGCUCUAUCUGUUGCAACCCCAACGGGCAAUCAGUGGGAAGAAGUGCGACAACUGCGACUCUGGUUGAGAGUGCAUCGAGAAGAGCGAAGGAGAGGAAUGUAGGGGAUGUGGAGGAACACUCUGGCAUUCGCCUGAGGAACCGUUUGAUCUCUGCACCGCAGUUGAGGCAGAAACUGGCUGACAUUCGCUUCCUUCGCCUCGAAGCCAUCGCGUACGUGCACGUGCUUUCUAACCGUUGCUGA